AUGUCGAAUGAUCAUCAUUAUCAUCAUCAUCACAGCCUAGGCUACCAGCUCAGUGCGACAAGAGAAAGCAGUACAGAUGAGCACGAAUUGCAGCUACUUGACUAUGAAGGCUCGCUUGCGCAUCGCGCGACCAACCAGCGAGACAGUCCAUCAGAUAUUACCCUCCCAUAUGCUUCGAUCGCAACUUCUGAAUGCCCGUGGACUUGCCAGCCGGGCCAAGAAGACGAACAGAUCGGUCCGCAUCCCCGGCUCGCAAAUGUUGAAGACCAUGUCAGAAGAGGAAGUCAAAGGCACGAAUCGACCGAGAGGUUGCUCAAACCUCAGGAGAAUAUUGCCACCAGGUCCGGUCCGUCGGGUGCCGUUCGUCAAACAGUGGUCAACACAGAACCACCAACCAAUUCUCCAUCCGUUUCAGCGUGUCCAGCAGUCAAGCCUCGACCACACGGCAGAAAGCUUGUGCAGCGCUAUUGGCUAUGGGAGAUUUCAGCUUCUAUCCUGAGUCUUGCGUGCAUGGCAGCUGUCAUCGGGGUUCUCAUGUACGAAGACGGAAAACCCUUACACCAAUGGGGCUUGGGAGAGAAAUAUCUUUCCCCGAACGUAGUCGUCUCCUCCUUGGCACGUUAG